AUGAAUUCUCUUUUAAGAAACACUUUAAAUUCUUCCAAGGGUAAAAUUUUUACCAAGUAUUUGAACAAUUCCUUUAAUAAGGUAGCUAAUUUAAAUAGUAGAAAGGUUUCUAACUUUACAAAGUAUGGAAAAUGUGUACAGAGAGUUGACAAAAAUUUCAACACAAUUAACAAGAGGAGCUUUUCUUCAAGUGAAGCACAAAAAUUAUCGGAAGUUGUAAAAGCUGAAGUACAACAUGAAAAGUCCAAUUAUGAAGCUCCAGAUAAUAUAAAGAGGUUUCUACAAACUUCAGGAUGGAAAUUUGAAGAACAAGAAGGAGAUGUAAAUAUGGUAUUAACCAAAAAUGUUGAUGGAAUGAAAAUUAUUAUUGACUUUCAACUUGUUUCUCCAUUUCAAGCAGAAGGAGAAAAUGAAGCUCAAGCCGAAAUGACAGAUUUUUCUGUAACUGUUGAAAAACCAAAUCAAAACGGAGGUAUAACAUUUUAUUGUACAACUUUACAAAAUGAUGAAAAAUUUAGAUAUAUGAUAGGAAAUGUAAAAUACUAUAAGAAUGAAGAAGGAAAAAAUUCUGUAUCAGCUUAUAAUGGACCCGAAUUUGAAGACUUAGAUGAUUCUCUACAAACAUCUCUUGAUGAAUGGUUAGCUAAUUUAGGAGUAGAUUCAGAAUUAUGUGAUUUCAUUGAUUCCUGCAGUAUAGACAAGGAACAAAGAGAAUAUAUGUCAUGGUUACAAAAUAUUUCAAAUUUUAUUGAAGCUUAA